UUGAGUUCACCCAAUUAUCGCCAUUCAGGAUCAGAUCGACCAGAGAUAGAACAUGGAGUUGACGCGGUGUGUCUUCGCUCUUACGGUUUUUCUGCUGACAUUGAGCCUGUGUGCUGCUUCCAGGCGGUUCACGGAAGAAGCAUGCAGGUCUGCUCGAUGUGGUAUCGGUGAAAAAUGCCUGGCGAUGUAUUCCUGCGCGCCACGCCCGUGCGCUGGAGGCUAUAUCCCGCGGUGUGUUCCCGAUCAUAAAUAUGCGGGCAUCUGUGACCUGGGAGUGAGUCCCGGAAUGUGCAUGGCCAGUUUCCCGAGGUUUUACUACAGUAGCGAAAAUCGUGAGUGCCAGCCCUUCAUCUUCGGCGGCUGCAGUGGAAAUGGCAAUAGAUUCGAUACGAUGGAGGAAUGCGAAGCUCGCUGCAAACAUGGAGGAAGUGCAAGUUUGCGAAGUUCGGAAAGUUCGGAAAGUUCGGAAAGUUCGGAAAGUUCGGAAAGUUUGGGAAGUUAUGAACGUAAAUAGAGCUGAAAGAGCACUCAGCACUGACAGUUCCAUCGGAGUUUUACUAUAACAUGCUAUAAACAGACAAUUGGCGUCAAUUUGAAGACAAUAGCGAGCUCCAGCAAAUCGAAUUGAAGGGCACCCCGUAUCCGUAUCAAUUACGUAUGAUUAGGAUUGUGGUAUUUAUGACUAAAUCCAUACGUAACCAAAUCCAUACGUCAUACAUAGGUGUGCGAUUUUUCAUUUGCCGGAAUUUGCUAUUGAACAUGUUACAUGUGACAUUAUUAUGAUAUCGUCAUAACCCAAUGAAACUUGACACCUGUCGCAUCUGGUCAUUAGACACAGCGACAUCUGAGGAGACAGAUUAUACAUUCAACAAUAACUGCAUCAUGUCAUUAACAUAUUUUAUUUGAUACAUUAUAUGUCCCUAGUAUUUGGACUAUUGAUACGGUAAACCGCCAAAUAUCGCUCUUGGCCGUUUUAUUUUAGAGGGUUUCGCGAGGAACCUAGAUUGGUGAAAAUAAAAUCGUGCAAAUGAUUGAUGAGAAACCCUGAAAUAAAUUCUGUAUGAUACCAAA